GUGCUUGGUGGUGGUGCUGGCUCUUGCAUCAGCCUCACACGUGGUACUACAGUAUACCUCACCACACAUUUCCCUCACCAUGAUGUCCAAGGCCAGGCUGCUGGCCACAAAUCUGUGUGCCCUUAACGCCAGGAGGAAUGUUACUCAGCUCCUGCAGAAGACCUCAGUUCAGGGUAUCAUUGCCCAGAGAGAUACCUUCAACAUGCAGAUGAGAUACAAAUCAGAUGGUGUUAAAGGCGCUGUUAUUGGAAUAGAUUUAGGCACGACGAACUCCUGUGUUGCUGUAAUGGAGGGAAAGGUUGCCAAGGUGAUCACAAAUGCAGAAGGUGACCGCACAACUCCUUCAGUUGUUGCCUUUACCAAAGAUGGAGAACGUCUGGUUGGUAUCCAAGCUAAACGGCAGGCAGUUACCAAUUCUGAAAACACAUUCUAUGCUACAAAACGUCUUAUUGGUAGAAGAUUUGAAGAUGAGGAAAUAACUAAGGACAGGGACAUUGUACCUUUCAAGAUAGUUCGUGCAAGUAAUGGGGAUGCCUGGGUUCAAGGGGGUGAUGGCAAGAUGUACUCUCCAUCUCAGAUUGGUGCUUUCAUUCUGGUCAAGAUGAGAGAGACUGGAGAAGCUUACCUUGGCACUCCUGUAAAGAAUGCCGUCAUCACUGUACCAGCUUAUUUUAACGACUCUCAACGACAGGCAACAAAGGAUGCUGGGCAGAUUGCUGGUUUAAAUGUUCUUCGUGUCAUUAAUGAACCAACAGCAGCGGCUCUUGCAUAUGGGUUGGAUAAAACUGAUGAUAAGGUCAUAGCUGUGUACGAUUUAGGUGGUGGUACCUUUGACAUAUCAAUCCUCGAGAUACAAAAAGGUGUUUUUGAAGUGAAAUCUACUAAUGGAGACACAUUCCUAGGUGGAGAGGACUUUGAUAAUCACCUAGUAACUUUCUUGGCAGCAGAGUUUAAGAAAGAACAAGGUGUAGAUGUCACUAAAGAUAAUAUGGCCAUGCAAAGACUCAAAGAAGCAGCAGAGAAGGCCAAGAUUGAAUUAUCUUCCUCUACCCAAACCGAUAUUAACCUUCCAUAUUUGACUGUGGAUGCCUCAGGACCUAAACAUAUGAUGUAUAAGCUUUCUAGAGCGAAGUUUGAAGGCAUUGUCGACAAGCUGGUCAAGCGCACCGUUGAUCCCUGCCUCAAGGCGCUCAAGGAUGCAGAGUGCUCAAAGUCUGACAUUGGUGAAGUAAUUCUUGUUGGUGGAAUGUCACGUAUGCCAAAGGUUUUGUCUGUGGUUCAAGACAUUUUUGGACGCACUCCGAGCAAAUCUGUGAAUCCUGAUGAAGCUGUGGCAAUGGGUGCUGCAAUCCAGGGUGGUGUGCUGGCAGGUGAUGUAACAGAUGUGCUUCUACUUGAUGUAACACCACUUUCUCUCGGCAUUGAGACCCUUGGAGGAGUAAUGACUAAGCUUAUCAACAGGAAUACUACUAUACCUACGCGAAAAUCACAAGUAUUCUCAACGGCAGCUGAUGGUCAGACCCAGGUAGAGAUAAAGGUCCACCAAGGAGAGAGAGAAAUGGCAGCAGAUAAUAAAAUGCUAGGCCAGUUUAGUUUAGUGGGUAUUCCUCCUGCACCACGUGGCAUUCCACAGAUUGAGGUCACCUUUGAUAUUGAUGCAAAUGGCAUUGUUCAUGUGUCUGCAAGAGACAAAGGAACUGGCAAAGAGCAGCAGAUUGUUAUCCAGUCAUCGGGAGGUCUAAGCAAGGAAGAGAUUGAGAAUAUGGUGAAGAAAGCUGAACAGUAUGCAGAAGAAGACAAAAAGAAAAAAGAAGUGGUGGAGGCAAUUAAUCAGGGAGAAAGUAUCAUUCAUGAUACUGAAAGCAAGAUAGAAGAGUUUAAAGAUCAGCUUCCAGCAGAGGAGAGUUCAAAAUUGAAAGAUCAAAUUAGUAAAGUGAGAGAGCUUCUUGCUAACAAGGAUACUGCUGACCCUGAAGAGAUAAAGAAGCAAGUCAGUGAACUUCAACAGGCGUCUCUAAAGUUAUUCGAAAUGGCAUACAAAAAAAUGGCAUCAGAGAGGGAAAGCAGCUCAUCAAGUGACAAAGACAAAAAGGAAGGAGAAGGACAACAGUGAGGGAGGGGGUGACCUUGUUAGCAUAAAUUGUACAGAAAGGAUACAGUGGCUGUACUAUACAUUUCCAGUGGAAGGCAUGCCAAAUGCUAUAUAAACAUUUGUUGCAGGCAGUUUAUUUACUUAACUUGACCAAGCCCGUGACUGAUUGGUUUUGCCAUGAGCAUCUGAUAGUGUUCUCAUAGAACUUGUAUAUUGAAAUGUAUGAUUGUAUAAAUGUUUUAGUAACAGCCAUAUGAUGCAAUUCUAGUGGUUGUAUAAACUUGUUUUCUUGUUUAUGCCUAUUCCAACAUGUCUAUAUAUUAAUAUAAGGGUAUGUUAUAAUUUUGUAUAAAAACAAGAAAUAUAUAUGUACAUAUAAUGUUAACAAA